UAUCCUGUAUGUUGACUGGGGGCAGCGCGGAAAGGCAAACACGAAGGUGGAGGUAUGUUGCUUGUGAAUGUCUACUGCGGAGUGUUGAUGCUCUGCUGGACCCGGCUCUGUGUGGCUCUGCAGGUCUCACAUGGACAGCAGAUGAUCCCGGAGCACGAUCCCCGAAUGACAGGAGACCACCACGUAACACGAUCAGCAGAGGCUUUGGAACCGAAAAGGGCAAGGCACACCUUCCCACCAACAAAACCCUCACCGGCCUUCACAGUCUCUCAUCACACCCCCAACAAUGCACUGUGCUAUGUGGAGGACGUAUUCGCCUCGAUGCGUGAAGGCGUGGGAAGCGGCGGGAAACUCACAAACAGCAGUUUGAGUCUGUUUGGAAUAUGCACAGUAUCCGACAACUCGUCAGGCUCAGUCUUAUUAGAGAUCGCUAAGGAGGUUUUGCAUCCAACUGGAGUGCUUGUGGCAGAGGAUGAAAACAGAUUAACGCUCAAGUUUACCUUUGAUCCACCGCCGUGUCCUGGGCUCAGCCCCGUGCUGCUCUUGGCGAUUGAAAGUCCACUCAAAGGAGGACACCUGGACGUCACUUUCAUUAGUCGGUCUCUGCAGCCUAACACACAGGUUGUGUGUAUUUCAGGAGAAACAAAGUACGUACUACUGACAGGAAAGACAUCAGAGGCCAAUGUUCACCAGAAAUGGAAGCUUUCUGUUGAGACAGUAUCCCCAGAUAUGAAACCGAGCCUAAAAGACAUCCUCAUUGGUGGAAAAUCAGGAAGUAACAUCAGCAUAACUCCACUUCUGCUUUUCUUUGGGGGAACAGAAACUAAUAAAAGAUAUAGACAUGUGUCAGGAUCAUCCCUGGCCCCUUCACAGACCUUCUCUUUCCUCUGUGAGCUGAAGCGGUUACUGGGAGACAUCCUACCUCAGAACCACCAUGAGUCCUCUAUGCUCCAGUUGGAGUCCUUACAGUCCAUGCCUCCUAUGUCACUGGAUUUAUCCUCCAGUGAGACCCUGCUGGCAGGACUGAUCAACUCCUCGUCCCCCACUCUCUUCUCUUUCACUAGAUGGGGCUCCAUGUUUCAGGUGCAUCGUGGACAGUAGGCCUUGUCUCCUGCACUGUUGGAGGAGCUCAGGCAGAGGUUGGGGAAGGUUGUAAUGCAGAUAAUGGAGAUAAUACGGGAGCAGGAGUUGAGUCACAGGGCAACAGAGAGGCUGGGGAGGCUCAAAGAACUCAGUGCGUUGCCGAAGAGGGAACCGGCAGCAGGAGAGAGCCAGUACCGUGCGUUUCUUCUGCUGAAGGCCCUGCAGACAGUGACCCACUCAUAUGAGCCGCAGAGAGAACUGCGGGCCAGGAGAGCAAGCCCCAAAAACCGAGUGAAGGACAAAGUCUGCAGGCUGAGGAGCCUAACCGUCUCCCUUGAAAAGCAUGUUGUGGGUCCAAACACCGCCAACAUCAAAAACUGCGAUGGCUCUUGUGCUUUCCCCCUGGCCAAUGCCAACAACCAUGCCGUUCUGCUCCACUACCACAUUGAGAGUGAGAAUGUGGAAGAGCGGGCUCCGUGCUGUGUGCCUGUGGCCUAUGAAUCCCUUGAGGUGGCGGAUUUGAAUGAAGAUGGGACUUUUCUCUCUAUUAAGCCAGACGUAGUCGCAAAGAAGUGCGGAUGCCGCUAAAGUUGUUUUCACUUUG